AUGUUUAGUCGCUCCGGCCAGUCCCGCCUUGCGCGCCCAUUUCGAGACCAAGUUUAAAUUUCAGCUUUCCAGGCUCGAGAUUCUGGCACAGAUUUCCUGGGACUGGGUUCUUGGGCAGUGGCUAUGGGGGCAGGAAUGGCGCAGCUGGAGGGUUACUACUUCUCGGCUGCCCUGAGCUGUACCUUUUUAGUGUCCUGCCUCCUCUUCUCCGCCUUCAGCCGGGCACUCCGAGAGCCCUACAUGGACGAGAUCUUCCACCUGCCGCAGGCGCAGCGCUACUGUGAGGGCCACUUCUCCCUCUCGCAGUGGGACCCCAUGAUUACUACAUUGCCUGGCUUGUACCUGCUCUCAGUGGGAGUGGUCAAACCUGCCACUUGGAUCUUUGGAUGGUCUGAACAUGUUGUCUGCUCCAUCGGAAUGCUCAGAUUUGUGAAUCUUCUCUUCAGUGUUGGCAACUUCUAUUUACUGUAUUUGCUUUUUCGCAAGGUACAACCCAGACACAAGGCCGGCUCAAGUAUCCAGAGAAUCUUGUCAACAUUAACCCUAGCAGUAUUUCCUACACUCUAUUUUUUUAACUUCCUGUAUUAUACAGAAGCAGGAUCCAUGUUUUUUACUCUUUUUGCCUAUGUGAUGUGUCUUUAUGGAAAUCAUAAAACAUCAGCCCUGCUUGGAUUUUGUGGUUUCAUGUUUCGCCAAACAAAUAUUGUCUGGACUGCAUUCUGCGCAGGAAACAUCAUCGCACAAAAGCUAACCGAAGCUUGGAAAACUGAGCUACAGAAGAAGAAGGAAGAGAGGCUUCCCCUUAUUAAAGGACCAUUUUCAGAGUUCAGGAGAAUUCUCCAAUUUCUUUUAGUUUAUUCCAUGUCCUUUAAGAACUUGAGUAUGCUUUUCCUUCUGACUUGGCCGUACAUCCUUCUAAUGUUCCUGUUCUGUGUUUUUGUUGUGGUUAAUGGUGGCAUUGUGGUUGGCGACCGGAGCAGUCACGAAGUCUGUCUCCAUUUUCCCCAGCUAUUCUACUUUUUCUCUUUCACCCUGUUUUUUUCCUUUCCUCACCUGCUGUCUCCUAGCAAAAUGAAAGCUUUCCUUUACUUAGUUUGGAAACGUAGAAUUCAGUUUUUUGUGCUUGCUUUAUUCUCUGUAUUUUUAGUUUGGAAAUUCACUUAUGUUCAUAAAUACUUGUUAGCAGAUAAUAGGCAUUAUACAUUCUAUGUGUGGAAAAGAGUUUUUCAAAGAUACGAAAUCAUGAAAUAUUUGUUAGUUCCUGUCUAUAUAUUUGCUGGUUGGAGUAUUGUUGACUCAUUGAAAUCAAAGUCAGUUUUCUGGAACUUAAUGUUUUUCAUAUGCUUAUGUACUGUUGUAGUACCUCAGAAACUGCUAGAAUUUCGUUACUUUAUUUUACCUUAUGUUAUUUAUAGGCUCAACAUACCUCUGCCGCCCAUAUCUAGACUUGUUUGUGAGCUGGGUUGCUAUGCAGUUGUUAAUUUCCUAACUUUUUAUAUCUUUCUGAACAAGACUUUUCAGUGGCCAAACAGUCAGGAUACUCAGAGGUUUAUGUGGUAAUAUCACAGAUAUCGUGAACUCUCAAAAUAGAUUUAGUGUUUGGCAUUCCCAUAGGAGCAAGUGAGCAGGUAAAAAUUACGGACUUUUUUUUAGACACAGUGGUGAUCCUCAGAUCAAUCAGAUUUUAUUUUUAAGCAUUGGAUAUAUAUGUUUUAGACAUACAUAACAAAUCCAAGGGAGUGAAGUGGUUAAGAACCUAGAAAAGUUUAAGGCUUGUUCCAUAAACCUGAGUAAUAAUGGAAAAUCCAAUUGUUUACAGUUGUCUCAUGAUACCUCCGGGACUGCUGGCCACUUAGCAGCUUGGAAACAUUUUACAGAUACAAGUUUAAGAAAACUGGGCAUGUAUCAUACCCGUAUUUUGCCAUGUAUAAUGCGCACUUUUUUGCCCAAUUUUUUUAGGUAAAAAUAAGGGCGCACAUUAUACAUGGGUAUAAUGAUUACAUACCAUGGGUAUAAUAAUGGGUAUAAUAACCCCGUAUAUAAUGCACACAAAAAACAUGGGUACGCAUUACAUGCGGCAAAAUACAGUAAUACUGGAACUUAUGUAUUCUCUUCAGAAAGCAAUAGACAAAAUAUUUGAAAAAUAUUUACAAGUGAUCAGGUAAUAUUCUUGAUUGAAAAGUUGCUUAACAUUUCAGUAAAUGUAGUUUUAAUCAUAAGACAAAAUAGACUCAUGGAUAGUAAAUAUUAGAAAUUUGAGGCUCAUGUCUGUACACCUAGGAUUUAAAUCAUUGGUUCUUGAUAAUGGUGAAGCUCUUUCACUAAUUCUAAUGUGAAAUAUGUGAUGGCCAAAGAUAAAGUGUGUUGAUGCUAAUGCCUCUUAAAAGGGAGUUGUUGUUUUUUUUAAAUAUGUUACUGUAUUAGUUUUCUUUGGCUGCCAUAACAAAUUGCCGCAAACUUGGUGGCUCAAAAAAAAUUUGUCCCACCUUUUUGGGGUCAUAAAUUUGAAAUGACGGUGUUGGCCGGCAUGGUUCCUUGUGGAGGCUCUGAGGGAGAGUCGGUCACAUGCCCCCGUCCCGGCUUCCGGAGGCUGUCUGCAGGCCCUCGCUGGCACGUGGUUUGUAGAUGCUUCAUUCCGGUCUCUGCCCUUGUCUUCAUUGAGCUUUCCCCCUGUCUUGUCUUUGUCUUACAAGGACAAUGUCACGAGAUGUAAGGCCCGCCUUCACCCAGGGUGGUCUCCUGACCACAUUAACUCAGAAUUACCUACAGAGACUUUUUCCAAAUAGGGUCACGUUUACAGGUUCCAAGGAGACAUAUCUUUUGUGGGACACUUUUCAACCCACUAACAUUACCAAAGGAGACUUUAGGAUAAACUUUGUAAAAGUGUAGGAAAUAAUUUCUUUGCUGAGAUAGUUUAAAUAAAGUUUUAUUUUUACUGAGGUUACAACGACUCACUUUCAAGGUCACAGAAAUACAAAACUAAAGGUAACUGGUAUUUGAUUCCAUUGUACAAGAAAAGUUAGAAUUGAAAGGAAGUUUAGAAAUCAUUUGAUUUAGUCUUUGUAGAUUAGGGAAAAACUUCUUGGGUAGGAUUUUUGUGCUUUGGUUUUUGCAUUCUGUGUCUACUAUUUUGAGUGCAUUCAUUGGGUUGUCAUUCCACUAGAGAAAAGUGCUAUUGGGAUAUGUUAACUUUGACAUGUAAACUUAGAACUGUGAAUAGAACUCAUGGUUUAACCUCAUUUUAUGUUUGUAAACUUUCAAAAAUAGCUGUGUGAACAAAUUUGUCUUUGGUGUUGAAUAAUGUUUUUUUCUGGGUUUUAAAUAAUGAGUGGAAUUGGAAAGUAUUCUGCACUUGCAAAUAUGAAAUUGUGUACAUGCGGAAGUUACGAGUGUUGUGGAGUAAUAAAUACAGAGCAAUCGUUUGUUGUGCUCUGCUCAGUUCUUAGAAAGUAGAUCGACUUUUUGGUUAUAACAGGGAUUGCAGGACAGAUAUUUGCACCCAAACUGUUUAAAAAUUUGAUAAGAAACCAUACUCAAAUAACUUAAAAUGGCAAUCUGAAUUGCAGGAAGUCAAAAUUGGGGGGAAAAUGUGUGAUUUACGAAAGCUGGCUUUCUUGUCUGAUAUAAAAGGCUUUUUUAUGUUUAGAAAUGUAUCUGAUGGGAAAACUUUUCCUCUCAAAUCCAAAUGAGGAGACCAUUCCACCCCAUGGACUGGGGGAAGUGCUGUCCUGUUAAGUAGUUUUUGAAUCUUUGCCUGAGGGUGUUUUCAGAGAGAGAGAGAGAGAGAGAGAGAGAGAGAGGAAGGAGAGGUAGGUGGGAAAGGGGGAGAGAACCAGUGAGUCGCCUACCUGGCCAGGGCUGUUGCAGUUCAUUUUCAAGUUCCUAUUAUGUUAGGAGAUGUUUUGGAGAAAAAUCUGCAGUCAAGAGAAAACAAGUUAAUCUCAGAUGUUUUCUAUAACGUACAUAAAAUACAGUACUUAACAUUUUAGAAAAUGAUGCUGUGAAUUACAAGGUGCUAUAGAGCAUUGCUUUGAGACAUAUCCUAAGUGUUCUCUGUGUUUUAAACAUUUUUAAAGAGUUACCAAAUAGAUAUUUUCAAUAUGAAGUUUAAAAAAUUAGACUUAAUUUCUUGAUUAAAAGGUGAUUGUAGAACAAGUAUUGAUAAGCUAGAGGGCCUGUGGAGCCUUGAAGUUAUAUUAAAGUGUAAGUAGGGUUAUAUUAAAGGAUGUCAAAAAGAUUUAGUCCAAACAUAUUUAGGCCCAAUAAUAAACCUGUGUGAACUUUUUUCCUUACAUCAAAUUUCGUAGAUAUAGUGUACAUACUGUCUUUAUAUAGCAUUAGUAAGGUUCAAGUAUGCUGUGUUUUCUCAUAUAUUAUUUAUAUUUUCUCCUAGUGGGUGCCCAGAAAUCUUUUCCAGUGCAUCUGUGUAUUUAAAUUAUUUGGAAAUGUAGUACUCCCAAGGUUAACCAUAGCAUGUCAUUUGGCAAGAGAAAUUAUUUUGUUAGCGCUCUGGCUUCUGGAAUGUGCUUAGUCUAUCAUAAAGUACUUUAAUAGGGACAGUGUGAUGCAGUUGAUUUCUGACAAAUCAGCAGUGUCUGUGGCACAUUGUGAGUUUGACCGACAAGGGUCUUGACUCCAAAUGCCAGUUGAACGUCCACUUUCCUUUUUUUUUCUUUGCAAUUGAAGACAUGGGAAGAAAAGAGAUCCUCAAUUUUUAUUUAUACCCCCUAAAUAGGAAGCUAUUAGAUGCACUUUAUUUUUUUUUACUUUUAAAUUACAGUUGAUUACAAUUUUAUAUUAGUUUCAGGUGUACAACUCCAUGAUAAGACAUUUAUAUAACUUACAAACUGGUCACCCCGAUAAAUCUAGUGCCCCUUUGGCACCAUACAUAGUUACUAUAACGUUGGCUCUGUUCCGCACGCUGUACUUUACAUCCCUGUGACUGUUCUGUAACUACCCAUUUGUACACUUCCUUGCCUUUCUCAUCCAUUUCCUCAAACCCCCCUGGCAACUGUCAAAAUGUUCUCUGUAUCUGUGUAGACUUGAUUCUCAAUAAAAUGUUCAUAUAAAGAAUUAAA